AUGGCCUUCACGCCGCGUAAGCUGCAAUGGUCGCCCGUCGUCUUCCAGGGCGGCCGGCCGCUGAUGCGCGGCGAGAUGGACAGAAGGUCGGAGAAAUGCACCAAGCGGGAGCUCAACAUGCUCACCAACAGCCCGGAGUUCAAGGCGUGGUUAAAGGGGAAACAGAGGUUCAGGUCAUCCCCGUUCUAUGGCGGCCUUGCUGGGAUCGCCUGGUUCAUUUUGUACUUGGCGCUGGCAGCAGGUGUUGUGGCCUGCGGCUUCGUGGUAGUGUCUGCUAUUGCAGUCAGCAGCGGCAGGUUUGGCCAGUGUCGCUUACUGGACUCCAUCGUCUCAGAGGAAGCUGCCGAUCGGUGCCGGGUGCACAACGAGGUCUGGUUUCCGGAACAGGUCGCAGAGCUGCGAUCGAACCUACUAGAAGCAGUGCAGACUGUGAUGAAGGAGAACGAGAAGUUGAAAAGGGAACUUAAAACAGCCCAAGGCAAAAUCAGGCACGUCACUGACUUGUUGGAGUCCAAAACAUCUGCCUACCAGUUGGAGCUUGAAGGCAGACUUGACCUUGAGAGGCAGCUAGCAGACGCCCAAGAUGAAACAAAGAGGGUUGAAUCGGAAAGACAGCAUGUGGGCAAGACUUUGGGCCAGUGCAAGAACCUCUUGCAGCAGCAAGAAGAUUCUCUGACUGGGUGCCAAUCGAUGGUGUCGAAAUUACAAUUGGAGCUGGAGGAUGAGAGGGCAAGGUCAGGGCAAGCAGCUGUUGGAUGGACGCUGGGCACGGUGGCAGCUGCUGACCUGGUGGAGCGUAUCCUUGCCGAUUGCCAGGGAAUGACAGAAGACCUGCGACGAGUUUUGCAAGACUGCGCCGCUGAUCAAGCCGGCUGGGACGGCACAGCAGGCGUUUCUGGAGAUGGCGGUCAACAGUCAUUGCGGACGGCUGACAGGGGUCAACCAUGGGCACCGGAAGGCUCUGGGCGCCGCCCGGCAAAGACACGGAAGUUCUGCAGCAUUUGGAACGACUUGGGCCUGGUGGGCGUGGGCUGGAUCUGUGCGGCCGUCGUUGUGUGCUUCUACUCGCGCGACGCUACCACGCUACAAAUGGAGCUCAACCAGAUAAGGAGCCAGAUGCAGCAGCCUGGCAGUCGAUUCACGUAG